GAUGUGACCAUACAUAUUUGAAAAAUAAAUAUGCGUAUUGAUAUAACUUUGAAUCGUACGCAAUAUCUCGAACGAUGGGUCACAGCAAAAAACCAGUGACGCUAUUCGUGUCGUUACGCAGUCGCACAAAGAAACACAAUCACAUACGAUACACAACAACGAACAAAUAUGUUUCUAGGCUCAAGGUGGAGUUAUUGGGAGUCUUCCAGGAGAAGAGUGUGGUUGGAGAUGGCGAGGCCGAUUUUUGUCUACAGAUGACAUGCCCAAAGUACUCUGUGCAAUACGAUCUUGAAAACUACGAGGAUGUGUGCGAUGGUGCUCAUCUUUUUCUUGUGCCAUGCAACUCUGAAAAUACCUCAGCUGCCAUCACCAACGACAAAAAACUAGAUAUAUUGCUUACGCAAACAAAGACUUUGGAAUCACUUUUAUUAAUUCGAAACAGUAACACUUUGGAACGGGGCCUGCAACAAGCAAAGUCUACCUCAGAGGCUUUGGCGAACGAUUUGCAUUCGUUGCGCUCUUCGACGACGGCAGAGUUUUUGCAAUUCAAUUUAUUCCUUUUGUCGUCGAAAGCUGAGGUAGCUCGUCUUAUUCGAAGCGAAACGGCCAGUAACAAUCCCGCGGCAAAAUUAAGGCGGAUUGCUAGUGAGAAGCUUAAAGAAUAUAUCAGAGCAGCCGAUACGACCACAGAUAAUGUACAUCGAGCCUGUGCGCUUGUGGACAGCCUUUCCCGCGAUGUGGUCCAACUCGGUGUCAGGCCUGGAAGAGAUAGUUUAGGAGAAAUUACCGAUGCGAUGAAGUCGAUUGACACAGAAGUAGUGAAUUUGCGACAAAUAUUCGAAGAAACCGAUGAGCACUUAAGCGCAGUUUGGAAAGAGGAACUCAGUUUAAUUCUAGAAGAGGAGAAUUUUGUCAAGGAUGAGCGAUUGAAUUUGACCAUACAAGAGGAGACGGUCGAAGACACCUUGCAAGCAUUUGAAACGCUUACAAAGUUCAUUUUCAUGCGGGAACGUUUACCUAAAAAGCAAGUCAUCAUUCGAGUCCCGAAGGAUAUCAAACGAGAAGCCGCUCAUCAGAUCAUCCUCAGCGAACUCGAGGAGUAUCCGAAGGAUGAAGGGAGUAUAAUGGCACAUUUAGCGGAGACAGAGAGGCGGCGUCAAGCGCGCAUCAAUAAGUUCAAAGUCGACGCAGAGCAGGAAGCCUUGGGCGAGACACCUGAUACUUAAGCGACCUGAAAUAUGAAAUAGUACUACUAUGCAGAUCGCGUGCUACCUGAGCUACUUGCGAACACGUUAGGUUCACUCUCGGUGUUUGAUAAUUGGCACGCCUAUGAUCUGAGAUUCCGUACAACGACGGUCAGAUGUUCUGGCUUUUCGCGUACGUUCGCGAUGUCGAUUCUGUUCACGUAUUCAGAUUCUGUAUAAUCCGACUGGUGUAACAGUUCUAUCGACAGUAUAGCACACAACCUUUGUCCACAUCCUGCGCGACCAGGUUGUAUGUCUUUACAUAUCUGCUGUCAUGCCAGUCUGCUAUUCUGAUUUGACAGCCAAAAAUCCCACGGAUACAAUCCCAUUGGUAUUUCCUUGUACUCGUCCGAAAGCCCGUUUUUCAACAACCUGGAUUUCUGGACACAUCGGCGACUACGGCUGAUUGUAUUCCUUCAAGAUAAAGUCGGAGAAUUUUGAGCUCUUUCUUCACGGCUGGCCUGCCGAUAGUGGUGUGUGCUGACCUAUUUGAGUGUACAGCCAGUUAAUAGACUCUGCCUCACCGAGCUUUGCCUGCUGCAUAGCGCUCUGACCUUGCAGGUGGCCAACGUUCUGGGUCCCGGUCUGUUGUGUGUAAUUAUUCAACCACAGCGGUUCGUUCAAGCUGUUUUGAGCAAUAUGUUGCUGGUACAAACUCAUAUGACUCAGGUUGAGGGGCGAUUCAACCGUACUCGCAUAUCUCGAAACGCAGUUCAAUUCUGCUAUGUCAGCAUUAAUGUUAGACUCGAGUUGUGCGACCCCAUUAGGGCUCGGAUUUUGAUCUGUGGAUGGUGCCGCCAUAAGCCCCUGUGAUCCGAUUGAUACAUUGCUUUGACGACCUGAUGAUACCUCCUGCUGCCCGGAAUUCACUAAGCCCGGGAAUUGAAUCGGCUGAAUAGGCAUCGGUUGCGUACUGCAAAACAAAACGAGGGAAUCGCGAGUUAGUUCUCAAAAAGUUUUUUUCUGUCUACUGUAAAAUUUAGCAAGCGCUGCAGUUUGAUCGUG